CUAACGCACUGGGGAAGCGCUAGGAGGGAAGAAUUACUUACAAGACGGGUUAGGAGCCCCAGAGGAUUUUUCGAGAAGGAGACAUUUACUUGUGCAGGAUUUUGGAAGACGAGCUACCUACCUCCCGUCGUCCGUCUUUGGUCAGCCAGUUGGGGGAGACAUGCUCCCGCCCCUCUAGCCCGAGAGACCGCGCAGCGACUGCGACCGCGCGCGGCUGCGCACGCCCUCAAGCCCGCCCUUUCCGGCCGACUCUUGCGGGGCGUGGCUGUGCUGGCAAGAUGGCGGCGCCCGAGAAAAUGGUGAUUCCGGAGAAACUAAGCCACAAAAAGUACAGGGCCGCCCUGAAGAAGGAGAAACGAAAGAAACGUCGGCAGGAACUCGCUCGACUGAGAGACUCAGGACUCUCACAGAAGGAGGAGGAGGAGGAGACAGCAGCGGAUGCUUUUAUUGAAGAACAACGACGAGAAGAAGAGAGGCUGUUGGAGAGAGAGAGGCAAAAAUUACAUGAGGAGUGGUUGCUGCGGGAACAGAAGGCGCAAGAAGAAUUCAGAAUAAAGAAGGAAAAGGAAGAGGCAGCUAGAAAACGGCAGGAAGAACAAGAGAGAAAGUUAAAGGAAGAAUGGGAAGAACAGCAGAGAAAAGAGAGAGAAGAGGAGCAGCAGAAGCUACAGGAGAAGAAAGAAAGAGAGGAAGCUGUGCAGAAGAUGCUGGAGCAGGCUGAAAAUGAGUUGGAAAAUGGCACCACAUGGCAAAAUCCAGAACCACCCAUGGAAUUAAGAAUAAUGGAAAAAGAUCGAGCCAAUUGUCCAUUCUACAGUAAAACAGGAGCUUGCAGAUUUGGAGACAGGUGUUCACGUAAGCACAAUUUCCCGGCAUCAAGUCCCACCCUUCUUAUUAAAAGCAUGUUUAUGACAUUUGGGAUGGAGCAGUGCAGAAGGGACGACUAUGACCCCGACGCAAGUCUGGAGUACAGCGAAGAGGAAACCUACCAGCAGUUCCUGGACUUCUAUGACGACGUGCUCCCCGAGUUCAAGAACGUGGGGAAAGUGAUCCAGUUCAAGGUCAGCUGCAACUGGGAACCUCAUCUGAGGGGCAAUGUGUAUGUUCAAUAUCAAUCGGAAGAAGAAUGCCAAGCAGCCCUUUCUCUGUUUAAUGGACGGUGGUACGCAGGACGACAGCUUCAGUGCGAAUUCUGCCCAGUGACCCGAUGGAAAAUGGCAAUUUGUGGUUUAUUUGAAAUACAGCAGUGUCCAAGAGGGAAACACUGCAACUUUCUUCACGUGUUCAGAAAUCCCAACAAUGAAUUUUGGGAAGCGAAUCGAGACAUGUACCUGUCUCCGGAUCGGACUGGCUCCUGCUUCAGUAAGAACUCAGAGAGGAGGGAGCGGCUGGGCCGCCACGACGACUACUACAGUAGGCCACGGAGGAGGAGGAGCCCCGGGCCGGCCCACUCCUACAAGAGGAACGGGGAGGCCGAGAGGAGGAGGAGGAGGAGGAGGAGCCACGGGGGCAAGAAAUCUCACAAGCACACGUCCAAAAGCCGGGAGAGGCACAGUUCCCGAAGCAGAGGAAGAAAAAGGGGCCGCAGCCGUGGCCGGGGCAGCCGCAGCCGCCGGAGCCGCAGCCGGAGCUCCUCCAGGUCCAGGAGCCGCGGCAGGAGGACGUCGGGGAGCCGAGACUGAACUCUGCAGAGUCCCAAAUCCAAAUAAACUUACCAUGUCCUUCA